AUGACAGGUGAUCCCGUUGGCUUGCCGACACGCUUGACCCUGGAGUUCAGCGCAUUUGAUGUUGAUGGAGCCACACCUGCUCGCUGCUGUCCAGCCUCUGGAACUCUGUACAACACCAACACAUUAGAAGCCUUCAAAACCAUCGACAAGAAAGCUCUCCUGGAUAAAGCAGCCAGUGAGAUUUGGAGCGUUAUUCAGUCAGGGGCUGCGCUGGAAGACUCCUCAAUACUAAACAAAUUCAUCCUCUUGACAUUUGCGGAUCUGAAGAAAUAUCAUUUCUAUUAUUGGUUCUGCUUUCCUGCCCUUUGCUUUCUGGAGGGGGUCCAGCUGGAGCAGGAGCCGGUGUCAUUAGAGUGCAGCUUCUCUGCCAAACAGAUAUCAAGCCUGCAAACGGCGUAUGAUAAUCUCUGCGCCUCCAGCGGUACGACGGCAGUCCCACAUUUUCUGCUCAAGUACACAGAUGAAAGUGUUGAAGUCGCUCCUCUAAAAGACUUGAACUCCUUCUUCCCAGACCUAAAGAAGAUUACUGUGGGUGUGUAUGACCCAUGCACACUGCCUCAACAUCCUGGCUGGCCUCUCAGAAACUUUCUCGUCCUCCUCGCAAAAAAAUGGGGUUCACAGCUGGAUGUGCUGGAGGUUCUGUGCUUCAGAGACAGGACUCUACAAGGGAGCCGCUCAAUUCGGCACAGCAUCAUCUUUCGGGUCAAGCUUCCAGACCUCACGGCUUCUGCAGUAUGUCCAAAGAGUGUGGGUUGGGAGAAGAACGCUAAAGGUGCGAUGGGACCUCGAAGUGUCAAUCUCAGUGAAUGCAUGGACCCUAAAAGGCUUGCCGAGUCUUCUGUCGAUCUCAACCUGAAGCUGAUGCGUUGGAGGCUGAAUGCAGAGGGCUACAACAUGAGCAUCCCAAUGCCAGGCCACCCAGUGAACUUCUCUGAGCUGACAAUGGCUCAAGCUCGGCAGGAUGUGGAACAGCUGGAGAAGCUUAUCUCUGAACACGAUGUGGUCUUCCUGUUGAUGGACACUCGUGAGAGCCGCUGGCUUCCGACCGUCAUCGCUGCUAGCCAGAGAAAGUUGAUAGUUAAUGCUGCUCUGGGAUUCGACACGUUUGUGGUAAUGAGACACGGCCUUAAGAAACCCAAAGAGUCACAGUCUGAAGAGUCCAGCCCCAUGUCUGCUUCCUCCAACUCCUCAUGUUCCUCCACACCAGCAACCACCAUCACACCAGGAGCAUCUCUAUUCUCCAACAUACCUGGACAUCGUCUCGGCUGCUACUUCUGUAAUGACGUGGUCGCCCCUGGGGACUCUACCAGAGACAGAACUCUAGACCAGCAGUGCACUGUGAGCCGUCCCGGUCUGGCCAUGAUCGCUGGAGCCCUGGCCGUGGAGCUGAUGGUCUCUGUACUCCAGCACCUAGAGGGAGGUUAUGCUGUGGCCAGCAGCAGUGAUGACCGGAUGAAUGAACCCCCAACCUCGCUGGGUCUCGUCCCCCAUCAGAUUCGAGGAUUCCUGUCAAGAUUUGACAACGUUCUUCCUGCAAGUUUGGCGUUUGACAAAUGCACCGCAUGCUCACCGAUAGUUCUUGACAAUUACGAGCGAGAAGGUUUCCAGUUCCUCGCGAAGGUCUUUAACUCAUCCCAUUCCUUCCUGGAGGAUCUGACGGGCUUGACUUUACUCCAUCAGGAGACUCAGGCAGCUGAGUUUUACAUCGCCGCAAGGCACACCAGCCUUUUUUUCUCUGUGGUGGGAAGAAAGCUCACUCCGGAAGGAGCGGGACCCUGAAAUGGCCCUUCCCUUGAUAUGUGGGGCAGGAAAUGUGUCACAGAAGGAGACAGAGCCAGGAUGGAGCGGAGUCAAGCGGGGGCCUCCAUCCAUUCGAACAACAACAAACCACAGCUGCAGCGCCACCACACCCUGGAGAGACACUGCGCUGUUUCACUAGCUGCUAUUUAUGUGAAUCUGCUUGAGGCCGAGAGAAGGAAGAGUGAGAGAAAGACUCACUAGUUUCACCAAAUGUACUUCCUGCCUGCUAGUUUCUCUGCUAGUCUGUUCCAGUACAGUAUAAAGUAUCUUUACAGCGGA